GUUGUUUUUAUGAUGUUUCAGAAUGAUACAAACAGCAAAAAUAUGUCGACAUAUUAGGCAAUAUUGCAGUAAAGCAGACCAGAUCAACAACAAUGAGAUAACUUCCAUGUUUUAUAACAGGAAUCCUCGUAAUCUGGAACGAUUACGAAUUGCAUACAAACCAAGAGGGUAUGGUCUUGAAGCUCCAGGAAGAGAAUACUGGCACAGACUGUCACUGGAGCAGAAGAAUAGGUAUGUUGUUGCAAGUAUUGUACAUAAUACAGGAGUGAUCGCUGUGACAGCAUCUACAGCUGAAAAUGCAAUCCGUCGCCAUUUGUACAGGCCUACAGAUGUCUCAGCAUACCAUAAUCUAGGUCGUGUUCUGGCACAGAGAUGUUUGGAGUCUGGUAUUGCAGAAAUCUACUGCAGUCUUUCACCAGAUCAAGGUGAAAAGGUUGCAGCUUUCGUUGGCGCCCUGGAAGCAGCAGGAAUUUCUCUGGCUGAACCAAGAAGGUUUUUUGCCCCUCGACCUUGGGACAUGCACAGGAAAGAAAAGCCAUGGGAAGUAACUGAAUAGUUUGCACAUGCCAUUUGUUGUAUAUUUUGCAAUCUACUGUGACAGAGACAAAAUCUCGAAACUGCUGUUGAAUGUCACGUUGUGAAAAUAGUGGAUUAAGUGUGCUGGCAUUUCAGAUGAUAUUUUGACAUGUGUAAAUAUGGGUUUGGUAAUCAUAUCAUCAAGCAGUGCAUAAAGUUGUGAUACAAGAUAUUGUUGUAGUGUGACUAAAAAUAAAAGUAUGAAAAUA